AUGCUACCAGACAGAAUUAGUUAUCGUGAAUUUCGAAACAGAUAUCGCUUAUCGAAAGACAGUGUACGAUUUGUGAUUAGUUUAGUGGAAGAUAGGUUAGUGUCUCAUGCCGGUCACCACAACGACAUAUCCCCAGCAAUGCAGGUACUUGUAACCCUGCGGUUCUAUGCUAAAGGAUGCUACCAGACAGAAUUAGGAGAUCUGCAUGGCAUUUCCCUGCCUAGCGUAUCCAGAAUAGUUGCAAAAGUAUCUGAUGCUAUUGCUACACUGCUUCCACGAUUUGUUGUGUAUCCAGCUAGAAUGGAAGCUCUUAAAAUGGAGUUUUACAACAUAGAUCACUUUCCUGGGGUUGUGGGCUGUAUUGAUUGCACCCACAUUGCAAUAAAAAACCUCAGUCAGGAGUGA